GGUUUCUGUUGUAGCAGUGCGGCAUCUUAUAACCUCAAAAUUGUAAUGUUUUGUGUUUAUUUCAGCAGAAAGCUUUAUUUUCUGUGAUAAAGCACCUUUAAAAUAUUUUAAACUAUUAAAAAGUUAAUGUGUGUGAUCCAAUUUCAUAAUUAACUUGUGUGGUGGUCGUAAAGAUUCGCGCAAUUUCGCGCAUAAAAAGAAUAAAACAGUUUUAUAAUAAACCCUACUGUAUAAACAUAUGCAUAAUAUUGCAUUUUAUAAUAACUUAUAGCCGUAAUAUUCAGUGUUCUUGGUUCUGUCGUUUAACUUUAGUUCUUUAUAAACAAAUUAUUGCGAUUUCAUUGAUUUAGUUGUUUCCAUCCAGAUCUGCUAAUAUAUGUAAUAUCCAGUAUGUAAUAUGAUUCUAACUUUUAUGAAUAGACACAUACAGAUAUAAAUAACUUAUCUAUCGUUAAAUGUUUAAAUUCCUUCAAAAUCUCUACCGUUUCACCAUAACUAAGAUAAAUUCACAACCAAAACAACUGAAUAAAAACCUUUAUAUUUUCAAAAGCUGGGAUAAAUCUUCAUUUAUAUCCACCAUGGAUGAAACUAAGGCUAAAGAUAAAGUCAGUCCUAGUAUGGAAGAAGUUGUGCCAGUGAAAAAGAUAAAGUUGGAUGGUGAUCCAGUCAGUCCAGAGAGGUCUAUUAGGACUGUAUCUACAAUGUGUGGUGCUUGGAGGCCUGAUGAGGUAGACGGGGGCUUAGUGCUAGUGUUCAAGACUAGGGACCCUGGCUUGAGUCCUAAUCCAACAAGGGAGUGUGACUUCCCCGAAAACAUCGAGGACUUCUGGGUAGCUGCAUUUGCUGACUCCGAAUCUGAUCAGGGUGAAAAGGACUCAAAGAACUGCAUAUUAUCCUGUGAGAAGAGAAAAGCUGACGACACUGACUUGAACAAGGAUCUCAAAAAGGCAAAAUUAGAGACAAAAGCUCUGAAGGCGAAAAGGCCGGGCUUCACAGAUGACCGGUACAACGAAACGUCAUACUACAUUGAAAAUGGCCUCAGAAAGGUGUACCCCUACUACUUUACGUUCACAACCUUCACUAAAGGCCGGUGGGUCGGUGAAAAGAUCCUUGACGUGUUCGCCCGGGAAUUUCGCGCGCACCCGGCCGCGGAGUACGAGCGCUGCAUCCGGGCCGGCACCCUGACGGUCAACUACGACCGGGUCGACCCGGACUACCGGCUCAAGCACAACGAUCUGCUCGCGAACGUCGUGCACAGGCAUGAGACGCCGGUGCUCGCCAGCCAAAUGAGCAUCAUUCACAUCGACGACGAGCUCCUAGUGAUAGACAAGCCUUGCUCACUGCCGGUUCAUCCGUGCGGCAGGUACCGACACAACACGGUCGUUUUCAUUCUGGCCAAAGAAUAUAAUUUGAAAAACCUAAGGACCAUACACAGGCUCGACAGGCUAACAUCAGGGCUGCUGCUGUUCGGGCGGAGUCCGAAGAAGGCGCGGCAGAUGGAGCACCAGAUCCGGAACCGGCAGGUGCAGAAGGAGUACGUGUGCCGCGUCGACGGGGAGUUCCCGGAGACGGAAGAGAUCGAGUGCCUCGAGCCGAUAGAAGUAGUGAGCUACAAGAUAGGCGUGUGCAAGGUGUCCCCCAAGGGCAAGGACUGCUCCACCAUCUUCAAGCGGCUCGGCUACAACGCCAAGACCAACACAAGUGUGGUUCUGUGCCGGCCCAAGACCGGCCGGAUGCACCAGAUUAGGGUGCACUUGCAGUUCUUGGGCUACCCGGUAGUGAACGACCCUCUCUACAACCACCCGGUGUUCGGUCCUCUCCGGGGCAAGGGCGGUGACACCGGCGGCAAGACUGACGAGCAACUGGUCCGAGACCUCAUCGCCAUACACAACGCUGAGAACUGGCUUGGGGUUGAUGCCGGCGAUGAUGAUCUGCUGUUCUCGAAGCCUCCUGGUGAUGAUAAAGUUGGUGAAGAUGACGACACAGGCCCGGCGUCACGGGAGUCUUCGCCGAGACUGGAGUCCCCAGCCCCGGGCAUCACACCUGCUAGUGUGGUUAUGAUGCCGGCGACUCUGCCCAGCCCCUCAUCCGGGUCGGAGGCGCCGAUGACGGUGGACGCGGCCACCACCACGUCUAUGGGAGAGCCGUCGCCGCUCGGAGCCCUGGCACACGCCUUCACUAGUGUGGACACUAGUAAUGAUGACUCUAAUGAUGCUAAGUCAGACAAAGUGACCGUAGCGACGCAGACGGGCUGCGAGCCGGCCGCCGUAUCCCCGGUUGCCGCGGGGGACGGACCCGCCGCCGACCCACACUGCUACGAGUGCCGGGUGCGGUACCGCGACCCGCGCCCGCGCGACCUCGUCAUGUAUCUGCACGCGUGGAAGUACAAGGGCCCCGGCUGGGAGUACGAGACGCAGCUGCCGCAAUGGGCCGACGUGGACUGGGAGGAGGCCGACCUCUCAUAGUACCACGAGCCGCCGCGCCGCGCCGCCACCACCCACCCACAACACAGGAUCAGACCAAUAUUUUUAAGUAAACAUUAAAAUUUAAAAUCCAACAUUUUUGACAACAACAAUAAACAGGAGCAAACGUUUGAUACAGUCGCGCCAAUGUUGGCAUAAUAAGACGAUUGUCUUUGCAUUGUCACUAAGGUUUUUUUUUUCACGCGGCAAUGGCAACAUGUCAGUUUAAUAUCAGGUGAAAAAGUUUUAUGAUUAAAACUAAUUUGAAGUUUAAAAUCUAAAUAAAAUAAUCCUAAAUGUUACUCUUACUUAGACAUAGCCAAAGAAUUGCAGAUUGAGUGUUUGGCGUGUCGCAGAAUCGUUGUUACUGUCUAUGGCUGUUAAUAUACAGACGCUUGAGGUAAGUAGGUUUUUUAAACUAGUUAUGUAAGUGAGAUUUAGGGUAAAUGUUUCAUCUCCUUUUUUAGAAGUCUGUACUGUAAGUCAUUUCAAUGUUACUGUUCUUAAGUUUGUGUUUCUAGUGCUUAAGAAUUAGUAAUUUAAUUGAAACAGUUGUUUCCUAUUUUUUGUUGAAAUAUGUUUUCUUAGAUUACCUAAUUAUAAGUGCACGAAGGUUGUUUUUAUUCUCUUUGGGUUUUGUUGGCGCCGUCGUUAUUCGAAAUUACCUAUUAUACCUAUUUAAAAGUUUAAUUAAAUGGAUAGCCCAUUUUUCUGUGGCUUAACUUUGACAAUAUGAGCAUAAUAUAAACUGUUCCGUAAGUGGCCAUAAAAGAAAAAAAGCUUAUUUAUAACCAAGUCACAUAGUAACUGUAUAUGUAUGUAACUUUAUAAAAAUACUAUAAUAACGGCAAUAGCACAUUCACGCAUAAUCCUAAUGUAAGUACUAAAAUUUGGACAAAUCAGAUGUAAUAUUCAGGGCUGUAAAUGUAGAUAACUUUUCCUCAAGCUUGUUGUAGCCUAGAAAGUAAAUGUUAUUCAUAAAGUAUUUGUAAAAUAGUAGUUAUAUCGCUUUAACGACGCAGGGUCAUAACAUCAAUCAUAAAGAACAUUAUAUUUAAAACAAACAUAGUAGGAACUUUUUAAAACGAAAUAAGAGAAUUUUUGAAUACAGAACAUUAUUUCAAUCUAGGACCACUGCUUGAAUACGUAUAUUUUCUUAUUGUCUUAAAAUAUAGGACCACUACGUAACCUUUGUAGGAGAUCUACUUAUUACGAAUGCUAAGUUUUUUUAUCAGGUACGGUCAACCAAAGCAAGUACCGACUCUACUUAUAUGUACAUAUGGCCACUGGCAUGUGGGACUGUGGGUACGGUAAUAAAUGUGUACCUUCCUACUGAAAGUGUUUUCAGAUCUAAAUUAAAUACCGAAAUAGUACUGUGCUCGUUGUACAAUUCAUACUUAACGAAUAGCAAGUAUCUGAAAGGCCGUUUUCGAUCCAGAAUUAUUGACGGAUACCUUUUUUCAUGACCAAUCAGUUUAAAUUAAAAGCAGCACAUUUUAAAGACAAACGUCUCUUACUUUUACGUCACGCGUGUUUUGUUUUAACAUAGAUUUUCGUUUUAUUUUUAACGUAGCAUGGUAUGUUAAAAUACAUUUUUGGAUCUUGAAAAAUUAUAAUAUAAAAGACCAGUAUGUAAGUGUUGCCAUAAUAAAUCAAUGGUGAUUUUUGUUCUUUUCUAUUGUUUCUUCUGCUAUCAUUCUCUGUACUUAUGGCAGAGUGGGGGUAGCACUGUCUAUUUUAUUUAGUUUUAUUCUAGUUUAAUAGGUAACUAAUCAUUUCGUCGUCCAUUGUAAAAAUUCACAUUAUAAAAUAAAGCUAUCAAAAAAUUAUAACAAUAUAAUAAAUAACUAAAUUUUAAAUAAAUCAGUUCGAUUGACCAUUUAUUCUCCAAAUGUAGCGGCUUAAUCAAAAUAUGGACGACAUAAAAAGAAGAGUUCCUUAGUUUGCCUUGUCAUUUUACGUUGGAUUGUUAUAAUUUACCUGGGUAGAUGGAAAUACUCGAAGUAUGGCAUAACAACAUGAUAAAAGACAUAAUAACAGAUGAAACGCUGGUUCGUUUUUUGUUUGUAUUUAGUAAAGUAGUGAAGACAUUAAAAGACAAUUUCUUGUGAGCAUCAUGAGCUUUUCUAUAUCCGUUAAAGAUAUAAUAUAUAAUUAUAUAUAUUUUUCUUACUUGUAGCUUAUAAUGCUUCUUGUUAUUUGAUAAUUAAGUGGAGUGAUUGAGUUGGUAUACUUAUGAUAGUACAAGUUGUGAGUUGUAUGAUGUUUGCUUGUCUAUUUACCUGUAAAAGUCAUGUAAAAUAUGAGUCUUCCGUAUCAAAUUUCAUAUAACUGAUUAUUUCACGAGUAUCUAUAAAUCAGGUGGUAUAAAGCCCCAAAUGACGAAAUACGUAGAGUUACUGGUAAUAAUUAAUAAAUAACAUUAAUCGUCAAAGAAUAAGUAUUUAUCAGUAACACUGUAUUUACAAGCUUUUAGCCAUUACUUUUACGAAACUAGACAUAAUGGAAGCUUCAAUUGGGACUAAAACAUUAGUAUGUAUAACCUUCUUUUUGAUGAUAUAAAGGUGGCCUUUGGGAUGAUUUUAAAAUAAUAUUCUACUUUUAGGUAUUAUUUAUGAAGAAUUCCUAGGCCUAAAAAGAUAAUUUUGGAACGUUUGUAUAUGGAUUUUAAAUGUAGCAUGUACAAAUGGAUGUACCUAAUCGUAUAAGUGGCAUAUCACCUAAGGUAGCAUUUACAAAAUGUAUGUACCUCUACAUGUGUAUAAAAGUCAUUUUGAAAUGCGAGGAAUGAAGCUGAGGCGGGAAUUUGACAUUAUAUACAUUUACGGGUGAUCUGUACUUCAGUAAGUAAAACUAUUGUUGUAUUUUUAUAGUAAGUAAGAUCUGUUUAUAUAUACGUUAAAUAUCAAUAUACAGACAUACAUAUAAAAAUAAGCGCAAGAGAUACAUUAAAUUACCUAGACCUGUGCUUUCAUUGUUUUGAAACCGCUUAAGUACCUAUCUGUGUAUGUUUCUUAAUAUUGUGUCCUAUGUGUCUAAAUUAUUUGGUGUAAUGUUAAUUAAUUGAUAAUAAUUAUAAAAGUAGUAGGUACUGUUUGUUUUCUUUGCGCCUUUCGUUUCAUAUUUUUCGUUAAAUGUAUGUAAUUUUCAUGUGCCUUCUCAAAAUAUUGAAAGAAAAUGGAAUGAUAAGAACAAGUUUUUAUCACAUUUUAUUGUAAUUGUUGAUGCAUUUUAAUGUAUAUAAUUAUGUACGUUUGGUAGAUAAAGUCGACGAUAGACAUUGGCUCAGUAUAGCGUUGCUGAAAUAAAAAAAAUAUACCUAUUUCAAGAAUUUCUCCAACCAGUUUAUGUUUUGUCAAUUCAGAUUUUUCAUGUGAUAACGGGACCUAAAUUAAAAACACAUGAUUCUAUUUUGCAGUUUACUCGUAUGAUUAAAUUGAACUUGAUUUAAAGCCUUAUUAGCUGCCCGUUUCCCGCUAAUACAUGCUACAUAAAUGCCAGUAUUUUUCCUUCAUUUUAAAGAUUGUGUUUGUAAACUUAAAGACAUUUUUGAUAAUUUUAAUAAGUAUUUCGUAAGUUAAGAUUAUACUAGAGUUUUCUUCUUUAGAUUCAUGUUAUAAGUAUUCAUGUUUCCAUUCAAAGAUUAGAAUAAAAUUCAUCAUUGGCA